CGAGCCUAACUGUCCUAGAGUUUUUGGAAGUAGAAAAGUUGUCUGCCGAAUUUAUUUUAGCGAGUUUGUGCUCUAAACAUGCCGAUUUCUGAAAGUGAUAUCGAUCCACUUGCCCUAGAAAUAGUAGAAGAAGUUACUCCAGAUAUAAGAAGCAAGUCUGGCGUAUGGGAAAAUGAAGAUCUUGCUCAGGUGAAAUACAAGGUGUUAAGAGGUCACCAUGAAGGGAUCAAUUCUGUUCAGUUCUGCCUUAAUGACACUCACAUUGUGACAUCAUCAGAUGACAAAACAUGUGUGCUUUGGAGCAUGGAAACGGGUGAGAAAGUGCAGGUAUUUGAGGAUCAUGGAUCCAUCGUUAGCGAAUGUCAUAUGAGUCCUGAUAAUACCAAGCUAGCAUCGGCAUCUUGGGAUAAACAUGUCAGAGUAUGGGAUGUUGAGACGGGCAAGAUAUUGUGGCAAGGAACUCAUGGUGGUAUUGUGACAUGCAGUCAGAUCUCUCACGAUGGCAAGUAUGUAGUCUCUGUCUCAGACCUUGAUAAUGUAGUUGCAGUGAGAUCCAUACAAGACGGUAGUCUAGUUAGCAGUGUAAAUGAUCUCCACAAGAGUACCAUCACAUGCUGCCGUUUCUCCCCUGAUGACAAUCGCCUCUGUACUACGUCUAUGGACAAAACCAUUAAACUCUGGGACAGGAAUAGCAAGAAAGUCACCCUCCAGUUAGAAGGUCACAUCAACAUAGUAUCGUGCUGCUGUUUUAGCCGUGAUGAAAGACAGCUCUGUACGGGAGCAUGGGAUAAGAAUCUUCAGGUUUGGGAUGUAUCCACAGGAAUGUUCAGAUCAGAAGGUCCCAGAAUGUUCAACAAAGGUCAUGAAGGAUCAGUUAGUGCUUGCUGCUUCAGCCCAGAAGGUACUUUGCUCUUCUCCGGGUCCUAUGAUCGCACAGUGGUUGUUUGGGAUGCUAACAAUGGCGGACUCAAACUCACACUCAAGGGACAUCAGGAUUGGGUAACAGGACUGGAUGUUUCUCAGGAUUCUAACUGGGUUUUAUCAAGCUCUCGGGAUAAAACAGUCAGAUUGUGGCACAUUGGCGACAGCGAUAAGAUACCGGUAGUCAUGGAAAAUAAGAUGAACAUGGGUCUUAAGAUCAUCAAGUGCGAUGAAUGUGGGAAGCCAUUCUCUAUCACCCAACUAGAGAAUGUUCGGGAGACCCAUAUGUGUGUAUUCUGCAGAAUGCAAGCCAGUCGUCCUUUGCCAUCUUUCGAGGAUGUUGAGGAGUUUCCUUGACAGAUCUAUGAACUGCUUUGGUAAAAUAAACUUCGCUUUAUCAGUUGCAUUUGAAUUAUUUUUGGUGAUAAAAUUAAAAUCUGGAUGUCGGUGGUUCCUCAAGGAUUUUCUUUAAUGAGUGUUGGACAUCCAAAGCUGAUGGCUAUCAUUUUGAGUUAUACCAUUACAAAUUCCUUAUCACUGAAAUAUUAUCAUUAGAAGCAUUUGAUGUUUCAAUUCCUAUGCAUAGAAAGUUUACAUGUUUGCUGUUGAAGAUGAAUACAUUGAGACAAGAGAACUAAAUCCAAUGCACGAAAAUAAACAGAUGUUUAGGGGUACAUGUAUGUUGAAUGGUAUUAAUUUAUAGGAACAAUUAAGACCUAUAACACUUCUGGGAUUUCCCUGAGUUUUUAAAUGAAACAAUGUAACACCUGUGAUAUUGGUGUUGACAUGUUGAAGAUGACAAAGUUGCCUCAUACUCUCUUGCUAAAUGACAAAAGGCUAGACUUAAAGCUUGAACGUUAUCCCUCAUCCAACUCAACUCUUCAGAAUCAAAAGGAAUAGAAGUGUCAAACCUGGUCAACUCAUUCCCUUAUAAACCUGUUGUACAUGAGUACAUGUCAUGGCCCUGGAAAGCGGAAGGGGGGGGGGCUGAAGCACCCCCAAGAUUUUUCCCUUGGGGUGCUGCGUGUUUUAUUUUCCAUAGGCAGCACCCCCUUGAAUUCUGGUAGAUGUGUCAAAUUGAAGAAAUGUGUAGAAAAUUACCAACAUUUUGCAUUGAAACCCUUUUUAGGGCUUGUCAAAUUUCUUGGGACCGAAAGGACUUUCAUUUUAUAUUGAAACCCCUUUUUUUUUGCUUGUCAAAUUUGCUUCAGCACCCCCUAGCAAAAAAAUUGUUCCCAGGGCCCUGGUAUAUGUGUGUAGACUAACCCGAAGGAGUAUGACAGCUGUGUAAUAUGCAUGUAACUGGUCAUUACCCAAAUAUGCCAAUGUAGUGCUGUCCCAUUUGACAGUUGUUAUUAUUUGACUUCAAAGGGGAACCAUACCUAACAGGAUAGGGGUCCAUGAGUGUGAACACAGAAUUGAGAAGCAGUUUUAAGUACUGGUACAAGAAAGUGAACCUAGGAAGAGUUUUUUUUAGAAUAGAAUUCUUCUGUGUCUGCUUUCUCGUCAGUGAUAUUAUUAACAAUUGUUUUCCAUACAAUCGCAUCAAGUACCACCACUGAUGAUAUAUUACAAUGGUAUUUGAAUCAAAUUUAUGAUUUUCUCAUUUUGGUAGAUGUAUGCAAACACGUGAAAGGGGUACAUCACCAUACAUGUCUCUUGUCUUGCUUCAGAAUCCUUUAUUGGGUCUUGAUUCUGAAUGGCUGUUAACAUACUAGAUAUGUAUAAGCUUAAUAGAGCCAGAUGACUUGGGCCAAUCUCACAGAAAGCUGUUCUCAGAUGUAGUCCUGGCGGAUCCAGGGGGGGGGGGGGGGCACAGUCGACCCAUGCCUCCCCUCCUUUGAGAGGCACAAUUGAAAUUUGUAAAGUAAAAAUGCCAUUUUAAACAGUGUGCCCCCCCUUUUUUUAAGUGAAGACCUUUUUUUUUUGCUUGUCAAAUUUUUCCUCAUUCCUCAGCCGUAGAAUUAGUUCUUUAGAACAAUACCAUAUUUGUUCUAAAUAAUUAAAAGUAAACAAUACAUUAAUGUAUAAUUUUCCCCUCUGGUUAUAAUGUAGAUCUUCACACGCGUAUCCUCACAUCAUGUAUUUUAGUACAUGUGAUACCAAGUGCCUAUAUUUAGUACUGUAAUGGGUAUCUAUUUAUCUGUACCUUGAAUUUCUCUUAAAAAAAGAUCAACAAGAUUAUUUCAUUACAUUGAUUUCUAUUUUAUGUUUUUAUUAUUAUUAUCAUUGUCAUUCAUAAUGUGUAAAAUAUGCCUUUUGCUAUAUCAAUUGAUUUGUUCAAAAAGUGCAAUAUACAUGUACACAUCACUUGUAAAUAAUGUACAGUGUAUCAUAUGCAUAAUAAAGAGCUAGAAUACAGUCAAUGGUAUUCUACAUAGUGAAAAUAUA